CCGCGCCUGCACUCUAGAGCUACAUUCACAACCACAAAUCCUCUGAUCACACUUGGCGAGUCGUAUUGAAAAUAUUUUGCUGCCUAUUUGUUUUUUAUAAAAUUAGGAGUUAUCUUAUUCGAUUACUUGAGUUUUUUAUGGUGCACUGGCACAAACAUUUAAUUUAUCGAGGAUUGUUUACAAACGGAGUCCCGGUUUGAUCUGAGGAUGGCUUCUCGAGGGAAAUCAGAAACGGGAAAGUUGAAGCAGAACAUGGAGGAACAGCUGGACAGACUGAUGCAGCAGCUUCAGGACUUGGAGGAGUGCAGGGAGGAUUUGGAUGAGGAGGAAUACGAGGAAACUAAAAAGGAGACUUUGGAGCAACUGGCUGAAUUUAAUGACUCUCUGAAGAAGAUCAUGUCAGGAGACAUGACCCUGGUAGAUGAACUAAGUGGAAUGCAGCUGGCAAUCCAGGCCGCCAUCAGCCAGGCUUUCAAAACCCCUGAGGUGAUCCGAUUGUUUGCCAAGAAGCAGCCAGGACAGUUGAGGACCAGGCUGGCAGAGAUGGACCGCGAUUUGAUGGUGGGGAAGCUGUCACGGGACGUGCACACGCAGCAGAAAAUGGAAAUCCUCAUCGCCUUGAGGAAGCUGGGCGAGAAGCUCACCGCAGAAGAGGAAACCUUUCUCACCGAAAACGCUACCGCCACCCUGAGCCAGUUUGAAAAAGUGACCGCUAACUCGGGGUCUGAAGACAAAAUUAUGGCUUUAGCGAGCUCCAGUGUGAAAACCAAGGUGUAGAAAGUGUGAAUGUUCAGUUUAGGUCUUUGCUUUUAGAUUUUUGCCAAAUUUUUAAAAAAUAAUCACUGCCCUUUUAGGGGUUUUGUCAACGCUAAUACUUUUUACCUUCACAGUUUUAUAUCUUAUUUUUGUAUAUGUAUUUUUUUUUUUUGUCAAACGUGGAGGAAAUGCCUGUAACUCCUGUGUCUGUAUGGAAGCCUAAUAUUUCAUUAUCGCUGGUUUUAAAAAAAUUGAUGUCUUUUGAAAGCUGUAAAUGUUCAUGUAGCCGUGUGAGCUAAUUUAUACUCUUAAGGUUUUAGAAUAAUCAAAAGCAAAAUGAAUGUUUCUCAUAAGUGGAUGAUGGACUGCCACUUUUUACAGAUAUUUAACAGAACCAAACUGAAAAAACACAUGAAUCCAAAUGCUGACUCAUGGUACAGCUGUCUGUUUACAGUGCAAAUGGAUGAAUUUGUGCUUUAAUAAAUCGGAAAAUAAAUCUUUGACAUGUUGUGCUGAAAUGUAAUAUAUUAAUAAUAAUAAAUGUUAUUCAUGUGGUG